AUGGUCAAGAUUCUGCAUUCCGCCGUCAUACUAGCGUCACUCGCUUUAGGCUUCCCGGUAAUAGAAUCUGUUGGUGAGGAAUUAUGUUCCAUGGUGCCUUUAUCGUUUGAACCAGCAAAGACGAAAUAUCCAGAACUAGCUUUUGCAAUCGAUGCAGUUGAAGAAUAUUCGAUUGCUGCCUGGUAUACUGAUCGUCAAACUGAAGCCGAGAAGAAAACAAUGCUUGAACGUCUUGUUAAAAACUGCCCUGAAGAUUCACGAUUGACAGUUGUCGUUUAUGGUAUUCCAAACAAAGAUUGCAGUGGUGGUUUCUCGAAUGCCGGAUCAGUCAAAAAUACUGCUGAUUACAAGAAAUUUUUGACACAACUAACAACUGCCGUUGGGACACGAAAGGUGUUAUAUGUUGUGGAGCCUGAUUCCGUUGGUCUUCUUGCUGAAAAGGAUGGUUGUGGUGCUGAGGCAGGAUACGAAGAGAAUCUUGAAGUUGCUGUUGGCAUCCUUUCGAAGAAUCCUAAUGCAGAACUUUACGUGGAUGUUGGUUACUGGAUUGUUGAUUCCCCUGACAAGCUGGUGGUAGUAGUAUCUGUCAUUAAGAAACUCUCUUUGUCUGGUAAAGUCAAAGGUAUCGUGCUUAAUACUUCCAACUAUCGUUCAAACAAACAAAUAUCGGAGUUGUGCGCCAAGUUUCAAAAAGCAAUUGGAUCAACUGAUAUGCACUGUAUUGCUGAUACGAGUCGAAAUUAUCUGGAGCCUACAAGCACAGAUUGGUGCAAUGUUUUACCAGCAGGAAUGGGCAUUCCGCCAACAUCAGAAACGGAAAUUGCUAACUUGGACUAUUUCAUGUGGAUUAAAGUACCCGGUGAGAGUGACGGCACAUGUAAUGGUGGUCCAGAUGCCGGUUUGUUCUUUGACGAGGCUUUUAAGACGCUGUGGGAUGAAGGUUAUCUUGUGAAAGAACUCGGCAUGAAUACCAUUGCACAGGGAGGCUCUGGUGGCUCUGCGGGCAAAGGCAAGAGCGAUUAUUCUCCAGAGCAAAAUACUGUUGCUGGCGAGGGAGAUGAUGAGGAUACUCCAGCCGAAACUCCGUCAAGCGAGACCAUGACUAAGACCGGAAAUACACCUGAUGACCCCGAUGACGCAUAUUUCACCCCAAGUGAAGCACCUGAAGUCACUCCUGCAGCUCCGGUAAUGAAUUGUAAGGUGAAGCGCCGAGUUCGACAUUAA